UUUUCACCAGCGGAGAGCGCACUCCCUUCUUCACCUGUCAUAUUCGCCUGCCGGCCGGCGACCACGAUGGCGACCGCGCGAUCGCUCGCCGCGCUCCCCUCCGCCGGAGCCCCGCGCUCCGGACCUCGCCGUGCUGGCGCCUGGCCGCCGCGCGUAGUAGCCGCCGCGGCCGAGCCCGAGCACGCGCGGAGGCUCGUGGCGGAGUUCGACCCGGCGGUCCCGCUGGAGGCCGCGGUCACGCCGCCGAGCGGGUGGUACACCGACGCGGACUUCCUGCGGCUCGAGAUCGACCGCGUCUUCCUCCGCGGGUGGCAGGCUGUUGGUCACAUAUGGCAAGUGGAGAACCCCCAUGAUUUCUUCACAGGAAGACUGGGAAAUGUAGAAUUCGUCAUAUGCCGGGAUGCAAAUGGGAACCUUAAUGCUUUUCACAAUGUGUGCCGACAUCACGCCUCACUCCUUGCUUGUGGAAGUGGUCAGAAAACUUGCUUCCAGUGCCCUUAUCAUGGAUGGACGUAUGGAUUGGAUGGUACCCUCCUGAAGGCUACAAGAAUAUCAGGAAUCAAGAAUUUCAAUAAGAAUGAUUUUGGUCUUGUACCAGUUAAGGUGGCUACAUGGGGACCUUUUGUAUUGGCCAGAUUUGAUGACGAGUCCACUGAAGGUGAUGUUGGUGAUGUGGUUGGAGAUGAAUGGCUGGGUAGUGCUUCAAAGCUGUUGAGUACAAAUGGCAUCGACACUUCACUGCCUCAUAUUUGCAGGCGAGAAUAUAUUAUCAACUGUAAUUGGAAGGUCUUUUGUGACAAUUAUCUAGAUGGUGGAUAUCACAUCCCAUAUGCACAUGGGGCUCUUGCAUCUGGUCUGCAGCUUCAGUCCUAUGAAACACUUACAUAUGAAAGAGUUAGUGUUCAAAGAUGUGAAAGUGCACCAUCAGAAUCAGAUGACCUCGAACGCUUAGGGACAAAAGCUCUCUAUGCCUUUGUUUAUCCAAACUUUAUGAUCAACAGGUGAUCAUCCUAGAAAUCCUGCUAUUCUACCCUUUUCACUUUGCGUUAUGCAUGGGGGACUGUCCCACUGGGUUCAACCAAGUGUAAGGUGAUAUUUGAUUAUUUUCUCGACACGUCUCUGCUGGAUGACCAGAACUUUCUCGAGAGAAGCCUAAGAGACAGUGAGCAAGUACAGAUGGAGGACAUUGCACUCUGUGAGGGGGUUCAGCGGGGCUUGGAGUCACCGGCUUACAGCAUUGGAAGAUACGCUCCCUCUGUGGAGAUGGCCAUGCACCACUUCCACUGCCUCCUGCAUUCUAACCUUAGCAGCUAGCAAUUCUCGUGCGUAUCUCACCACACCUGUACAGAACAAAAUGCCAUUGUCUUCACGACGCGGCAUUUACACUACUCUUGAUUGCAAUCUUGUGAUGUGAACUGGUCAACCGGAUGGCACCUCCUCUAUUAAACAAAACCAUGUUUGCUGGCUAUUCUCUAUAAUUUUCAGUCAAAUUGCUUCCAUUGAAAACAA